UUUACAAUGAUAAGGUGAUGGAAUGAAAAAGUGGGAAAAUGAAGAAAGUUGAAAGCACAGAUAGUGUGUGUAUUCGACAUCUAUGGGAUCACACGACAACUUUCCGGUUUAAUACUUUGUGUCUAGGUACACUGUUCAGACAGAGUGGACUGACACUUGCUCUCGGAGGUGAAGAUGGAAUUAUCAGACUUUAUGACCUGUCCUCUGCUGAUGGAUUAAAAUCUCAACAGACAACAUUGGAGACAAAAAGUGGACCAAUUCAGGCGAUGGCCAUUCAUGAUGUGACAAAGUUUUAUCACAAUGAUCUGAUAGUGGCCGAUUCCUGUGGAAUCAUGACUGUUUUCUGUAGUCAACAGAUCCUGUGUCGACAGAGCAUAGCAGAAUCCAGCAUCAGCUCAAUCCAGGUCGACAAAGACAAAACGGGAAAUAUUGUGAUAGUGAUGAGUACAGAGGCUGGAGUGAUCAGUGGGGUGCUGCCCUCUAGUGAGCGGUGGCGUAUCAACCUCCAUGAUUUGGGUAACAACAUGAACCCAAAGCAGACCGUUUCUGUACGGAGUCUCUUGGCCGCUGAAUUAGUCAACCAACAUGGCCACAUGUCAAGUUACAUCAUGGCCGCCGAUGACAACAAGAACUUGAUUAUUAUCCACCAGGGCACAAUAGUAGCCAUCCUCAAGACAACGUCCAUUAUCACUGCUAUGUGCCAGGGUAGGUUCGUGGCAGAAGACCAACUGCUCCCGUUAGGAAUACCUUCCGGAGGAGGACCCGCCAUCUCGUCACAAGUAGCUCUAGGGUCAGAGAGUGGAGCAGUGUAUAUCUUUCACAACUUCAAUGUAACAGAGGAUGAAUAUGCUAAUACCCAGUACCCUAUCACAAACCUCCGAGCUCUGACGGUCCCAGACAAAGACACCGACCUGCUUCUGUGUACUGGUCACUUCAAUUCCUUAAAUGUCUACUCUGAUGGGAAGAAAGUUGCCCAGCACCAGACACCUGAUUGGAUAAAUUCUCUGGAGGUUGCCGACCUUGAUGGUGACGGAACUAAGGAGGUCGUGUUCGGUUGUCUUGACAACAGUGUCCAUGCUGUCAAAGUUUCUCCAACUUGAAGUACGAUUUUUAAGUGGAAUUUGUGAUGAUCAAAUGAUACAAACAUGUCAACUGUGCGUUAAGAGCAGGCCUCUAAUGUUAUCAGGACAUGUUUGACCUGGACAGUACUGGUCAGUACUGGUCAGAUUCAUUCGUUACUGUUGAAUGUAGACAUACACAAAAGGAGGACAAGACAAACAUUCAUUGAAACAAUUGUGCUGGUCAACUGGUCAACUGGUCAAUUGGGUCAAACAUACUUUGCAAUACUAUAAACACAAGAUAUACUAUUGCCCGUUUUUCUUAAUUAAAAAAAAGAAAAUAAUUUUCUUGUUUAUUGUGCAUUAUGCAGAUUUUAUU